CCCUCACCCUCAUCUCCCAGCCCCCUGCCCGCAUCGCCGCCCCGCUGCCGUCUCCGCUGGCUUGCCUCUCAAACGCACACGCACGCUCCUUCUCUGUCCAGCGCAAUGGAUGCCGACGACGCCUUCACCUCCGUCACCUGGGACCGGCGCGACGAUGCGGCGCUGCACAGCGGCAGCGGCAACGGCGCCGGUGCCUCCUCCUCACGCACACUCGACGAGGGCGGCUUCACCUCGGCGCCAGGACCGGCCACGCCCGGCAUCGACGGCCUGACAAGGCACGCACUGGCACCGCUCGCGCGCGGCACGCACGAGGCCGACGGCGAACAGCCGGCGUGGCAGGGCUUCCUGCGCGUGCAGGUGUGCGAGCCGCGCAAGGAGCACGAGGGCACAAAGGAGAUGUUCUGCAGCUACGGCAUCCGCGCAGAGACGAACCUGGCACACUUCAGCCGCACGCGCCUCACCACCCGGCGGCGCUUUCAGGACUUUGUCUUUCUGCGCGAGAACCUCAAGAAGGACUUUCCCGCAUGUCUUGUCGCGCCGCUGCCGGACAAGCACCGCAUGGAGUACUUUACGGGCGACCGCUUCAGCAGCGAGUUCAUCGAGCGGCGGCAAGCAGACUUGCAACUCUUCCUCGAGCGCGUCUGCCGGCAUCCGAUCUUGCAGCGCGCACAGCUGCUGCGCACGUUCCUCGAGUCGACAGAAUGGCACGUCGACAUGCACUCGCACGUCUCGGCGUCGAACGCCAACGCAUCGGCCGACGGGCAUUCGGGGCCGGGCGGCAGUGCGCCCGGCGGCCUGCUCGACGGCCUCACCGACACGCUGCUCAAUGCCUUCUCCAAGGUGCGCAAGCCCGACGAGAAGUUUGAGGCGAUGAAGGAGAAGCUCGAGAAGCUCGAGGAGGGCCUCGGCAGCACGGAGCGUGUCGUGAUGCGAGCGCGCGCCCGGCACGGCGACCUGGCCGGCGACUAUGAGGAGUUCGCCAGUGCCAUCGAGGGCCUCGGCUAUCUCGAGAGCGGCAUCACCGAGCCGCUCAACCGCUUUGCCGCGGCGAACCUCGAGUGGGCACGCCUGCAGCGCCAGCUGGCGUCCAACUCGACGGACGACAUGCUCUCGCACACGCAUGCGCUGCUCGCCUACACGCACUCGCACCGCUCUGUGCUGCGGCUGCGCGACCAGAAGCAGCUCGACUUCGAGGAGCUGACCGACUAUCUCAGCUCCGUCGUCACGGAGCGCGACCGGCUGGCCAGCCUGAGCAGCCCGCACGGCGCGGGACACGGCCACGGCGGCGUGCGUGGCGCCGGCAUCAGCGGCUACCUGCGCGACCGUGUCGACAGCCUGCGUGGCGUCGACGAGGAGCGGACGCGCGUGCAGCGCAUGCAGCGGCUCGAUGGGCGCAUCCAGGAGCUGCAAGACGCCGUCACGACCUCGCACGACAUCAGCGUCGCAUUCAGCCAGCAGGUGGCGCGCGAGAACACCGUCUUUACGAUGGCCAAGGAGCAGGAGGUCAAGGAGAUGCUCGGCACGUACGUCGACGGCCAGAUCGACAUGUGGCGCCGCGGCGAGGAGCUGUGGAAGAACGUGCUCGAUGCGUGGCCAGAGCAGGAGACAUGAGGGCGAAGGCCAAUGCAUCGAUAGAGGCGCAACGGGUGU